ACCAUUUGCACCAUCUGAUCCAUCUGCACCAUCUGAUCCAUCAGGACCAUCAUAACCAUCUGAUCCAUCUGAACCAUCAGAACCGUCUGGUCCACCUGGACCAUCAGAACCAUCUGCACCAUCUGUUCCAUCAGAACCAUCUGGACCAUCAGAACCAUCUGGUCCACCUGGUCCAUCUGGACCAUCAGAACCAUCUGAUCCAUCAAAACCAUCUGGACCAUCUGAUCCAUCAGGACCAUCAGAACCAUCUGAUCCAUCAGGACCAUCAGAACCAUCUGAUCCAUCUGAACCAUCUGGACCAUCUGAUCCAUCAGAACCAUCUGCACCAUCUGAUCCAUCUGAACCAUCAGAACCAUCUGAACAUGAAUCCAUGUAUCAGAAAAAAUGGGUCAGAACAUGGACGUGUUUUAUUGGAGCAGGUUAUUUCAGAUAUGAGCAGGACACGACUCAUAAUGUGGUUAAUGUGCUCAUCAACACGCCUCAUCCAGCUUCACCGUCACUGAUCAAUAACUGACCUGUGAGCUCACUGAGUAAAUAUGAAACCAGGUGAACAACUUAAAGAAUCUGAAGAUGAGACGGAAACUUUGUGUCGUUAUCAAACUUCCUGUUUCCUGGAAGUGAAACAUUUGGCGUCUGUGUCUCUUCCUCAGAAGUGACCUCACUCGGUCGCAGCCAAUCGAUUGGUCGCCCACAGAGAAACAAACAGCAGAUGAUUGAUUCACUUUUCAUGUUAAAAGUUAAAUAAGAUGCUUCUGCUCGUCAGCUGUGACGUCAUGCGCUGCUCCGUCCAAUCACGUCGCAGAGCUCAACCUCAAAACCUGUCGCCGCCCUACAGCAGCAGGUCAUAAAGUUUCAGUCGCUUCCUCUUCUUCCUCCUCCUCAUCAUCCGUUCAACUGCGUCUGAUGUGAUUCACUGACGGAGAAAUGUUCAAUCAUCAAGUUACUGAGAACAGCGCCAUGCUCAGAGUUUCCAGCCUGCCGCUGGUUUACUCUGCGUUGCAGUCUGUGACCUCACUAUACUCGGAGGUCAAAGGUCGUUACCCUCUGCUGGGGCUGAUGGGAGGAGUCGCCGAGGUCGGAGUUCGCAGCGUCUCCCAUGUGGCCAUGAGACAAGCCACGCCCCUCCUGCAGAGCCUGGAGCCCCAGAUUGAAGUUGCCAACAGUUUCGCUCUGGUCGGUCUCGAGCGUCUUGAGAAGAACUUCCCGAUCCUGAACCAGUCCACGGACGAGGUGGUGGGUCACCUGAAAGACGCCCUCUUCCUGACGCUGGACGACGUGCAGCUGUGGGUGGUGGACAGUCUGGACGGAGCUUUGGACCAGAUGGAGCGUCUGGCCGACGCCGCCCGGGCUCUGGGGCGGUUGCUGCAGGACUCUCAGGUGGGCCGGGCCGCUGCGUCGGGACUCGACGACCUGCUGAGUCGCCUGGAGGACGCCACCGCCUACUACCUGCCCCUCCCACCCACACUGCGUCGGGAGUGGGACAUGCGUGUGCAGGAGUACGAGGACGAAGACGAGGACGACGAGCCCAGCAUGUGGACGAGGGUUCGCAGCCUCCUGCUCAGCCUCAGCCUGCAGCUCUACCACCGCAUGAUGAAGGUCAGGGAGCAGCUGCUGAAAGCCGCCAGGACGCUGGGAGACGCCGCCAGGACGGUGGGUCUGGACCGGGUCCUGGAGCUGGUCGGGCUGCUGCUGCAUCACCUGCAGGGUCUCCUGGUGGCGCUGGUGUACCGAGCAGAGCGCGUCAGAGAGACGACCCUGGACCAGAUCAGGAGUCAGGCCGCCAUGUUGGUGGAGCUGCGUCCGGUCCGUCAGGUCCGGGAGCUGCCGGUCCAGAUCCAGCAGCUGCUCCGAGACCUGCAGGAGCUGUCCAAGAUCCUGCUGCAGCUGGUGGUCAACGCCACGCCGCUCUACAACAUGCUGCAGCAGCCCACCGCCCAGCAGGUCGAGGACUUCCUCAACCAGGAGGACUUCUCCUCCGACAGCUCGUCUCGCCGCAGCUCUGCUAACAGCCUGUUCCUGAAGGCGAUGGACGGACGUCCUCGCCGCCGCCGGAGUCUCUACUCCCGCGCCCCCCCCAACGGCCGGCGCUCCAGUCUGAAGGACCCGAAGGACCCGACGACCCCGGACGUGGACGACACGCCCCUCCCUUCCGAAGGCGGCGGCGUCCUCCGCCGGCCGUCAGCCACCGAGCUGCUGCUCACGCCGCUCAAACAGCUGGUGUCUCAGAGCCAGAAGGCCUUCGAGUACCUGAGCCCCAACUCCCUCGGCGACGCCGCCGCCAUGGCAACGGCCAACUGAGGCGCGACCGCCACUGGUCAGCGCUGCCGGCCCACGACCAAUCACAGCCUCCCGUCUCCGCCCACGAUGAUCAGCUGUUCCUGCCCGAGCUGGUGUUGGUCGGUGCGUUCACGUUCGUCCACAGAGCCGUCGGGAAGUUCGACGAAAUCACACGGAGAAAAUCCAUUAAUGUCGCGGGAACGAAAAAUUAAUAAAACAACACGUUUUCUUCCUAUUUAUCUUUUCUUAACGUGAAGCACGUUGUAACAGUGUUUAUCAAAGUGCUGUUUCAAUAAAGUUUAUUAUUAUUUCUCUUCA